UCUUAAUGUUACGUUCUUUCUUCAUUUUUUUCCUCUCUUUUCCUCUAGAUCUUCGGUUCUCUCUCUUUCCUUUUAUUCAAACGCAACUCUCUCUCUCUCUCUGUAUAUGUAUUACUUUUUUCAUCUCAAUUAUUUUUCCGACGACCGCAUGGAUGAUUUUCUUUGGUAAAGGCGAUAUUCAUUUUUUCACGUGUUUAUUUUGCCUAUGUCAUCUUCUCUGUAAUUAUUUCUCCCGUCAUCGUCUCUAUUUAAAUCUGGAGACGUGAGUUCCUCUGUUAUUUUAUCUGAAUAUAUUUUUUUGCUUAUGUUUUUCAUUCAAAUACUUGUUACUCGGUAGUUUUUUGUGUUUCUUUAUUAAAAUAUUAUUUUUCAUAUUUAGUCGUGAUAUAUUGUUUGACUAUAUUUUGAAUACUUAUUUUUUAACUGUAAUUGAGAUUUGGUACAAAGGGAGUUAUUCGUAUCAGUCCUAACACGCAUUAUUCUGACACGUUAUUCGAUCCUGCGCUUAAUAUGAAUGAUUACAAUUUUUGCUUUUUUCAAAUAAAAUAACUUUAAUUAUACGUGUAGCGUACGUGUUUUCAACUAGUUAUAAAAAAUACAAAUGUUAAAUGCACGGCAUUUUGUGUAAUGAAAAAUGAAUAUUUUAAUUUUAAAUUUUCUCUGUUCUAACUAAAGUAAACAGUAAUAACAUGUAAUUUAAGCUUAAAAUUUAUCAAAAAACAAAAACAUUUCACAUUCAACUAGUGUAUUACCCGUCGAAUUUCGACGGGUACAUAUUUUCUUGUAAUUUAUAUAUUUUAUGUUAUUCUUAUGAUAAUUAUAUAAAAUAUUUUUUUAUGUAAAUUAUUUAUAAAAUUAAUUAAAUUAAAUUAAAUUAGUAAUACAUUUUAAAUUAUAUUAAUCUCAACAACUUUUAGCAAUUAAAUUAUUAGAUUUGGCUCUGGCUCUGACUCUAAUGACUUAGCUCUGACUCUGGAUCUGGCGACUUGGCUCUGGCUCUGACUUUAAUGACUUAGUUCUGGCAUCUCUGCUCUGGCAACUUGGCUCUGGCCCUCUGCUCUGGCAACUCUGCUCUGGAAGCUUUGCUCUGGCAACUCUGCUCUGGUUAGCUUUGGCUCUGGCUAGCUCUGACUCUGGCAUCUCUGCUCUGGCAUCUCUGCUCUUGCAACUUGGCUCUGGCCCUCUGCUCUGGAAGCUCUGCUUUGGUUAGCUAUGCUCUGGCAGCUCUGCUCUGAAAGCUCUGCUCUGAAAGCUCUGCUCUGACAACUCUGCUCUGGAAGCUUUGCUCUGGCAACUCUACUCUGAUUAUAACUUGUCAGGUCGUUGUCCCCUAAUUACAGAGCUGGAUUAUGUCCUCAUCAUCCCGCUCUGUCUAGUAGCUCUGGAUUUCCUUCCUUGGGGCAAACUUCUACUCUUUGGCGCCGCUCUGCUCAGUAGCUCCGCCUUCUGGCGAAUUAUCUCUGGCGUGUGGCUUCGCGCUCUGGCUCCAAUAGCUUAGCUCUGACUCUGGAUCUGGCGAUUUGGCUCUGGCUCUGACUCUAAUGACUUAGCUCUGACUCUGGAUCUGGCGACUUGGCUCUGGCUCUGACUUUAAUGACUUAGCUCUGGCAUCUCUGCUCUGGCAACUUGGCUCUGGCCCUCUGCUCUGGUUGGCUCUGGCUCUGGCAGCUCUGCUCUAAAAGCUUUGCUCUGGCAACUCUGGUUAGCUCUGCUCUAGUUAGCUCUGGCUCUGGCAGCUCUGCUCUGGUUAGCUCUGGCUCUGGCAGCUCUGCUCUAGCAUCUCUGCUCUGGCAACUUGGCUCUAGCCCUCUGCUCUGGAAGCUCUAGCUCUGGCUGAUAUGCUCUGGAAGCUUUGCUCUGGCAACUCUGAGAGAGCAUCAUCAAAUAUGAAAUUAUAUUAAUCCAUGACUCCAAUUGUCAACUAUCUAACAAACAUAACUCUAACAAUUUAAAUAUUUUAUUUAUAUAUGUAAUUUUAUUAGUUCAAACUCUAGAGAGAAAGGCUUUUCUUAAAGCAGUAAAAGAGAGAGCGUGUGCUUUAUUUCAUCAUCGUAUGUAUUUAUAGGCAUUACAGUCGGGGCAAAAUAGUAAAUUCGUCUAGUCAUAGCCUUUCUUAAAGCAGUAAAAGAGAGAGCGUGUGCUUUAUUUCAUCAUCGUAUGUAUUUAUAGGCAUUACAGUCGGGGUAAAGUAGUAAAUUUGUCUGGUCAUCUAUUCCGCAUGCUCGCCAUUAAACUAAUUAAGGCUAUUAUUAGAUUAUAACUUGUCAGGUCGUUGUCCCCUAAUUACAGAGCUAGAUUCUGUCCUCAUCAUCCCGCUCUGUCUAGUAGCUCUGAAUUUCCUUCCUUGGGGCAGACUUCUACUCUUUGGCGCCGCUCUGCUAAGUAGCUUCGCCUUAUGGUGAAUUGUCUCUGGCGUGUGGCUUCGCGCUCUGGCUCCAAUAGCUUAGCUCUGACUCUGGAUCUGGCGAUUUGGCUAUGGCUCUGACUCUAAUGACUUAGCUCUGACUCUGGAUCUGACGACUUGGCUCUAGCUCUGACUUUAAUGACUUAGCUCUGGCAUCUUUGCUCUGGCAUCUUUGCUCUGGCAACUUGGCUCUGGCCCUCUGCUCUGGAAGCUCUGCUCUGGCAUCUAUGCUCUGGCAGAUCUGCUCUGAAAGCUUUGCUCUGGCAACUCUGGUUAGCUCUGGCUCUGUCAACUCUGCUCUGGUUAGCUCUGGCUCUGGCAGCUCUGCUCUGGCUUUGUCAGCUCUGCUCUGGCAUCUCUGCUCUGGCAACUUGGCUCUGGCCCUCUGCUCUGGAAGCUCUGCUCUGGUUAGCUCUGGCUCUGACAGCUCUGCCCUGGCUAGCUCUGGCUCUGGCAGCUCUGCUCUGGAAGCUCUGCUCUGGCAUCUCUGCUCUGGCAACUUGGCUCUGGCCCUCUGCUCUGGAAGCUCUGCUCUGGUUAGCUCUGGCUCUGGCAGAUCUGCUCUGGAAGCUUUGCUGUGGCAACUCUGCUCUGGUUAGCUCUGCUCUGGACUUUUCCCUCUGCCUAUUUCUCACAGCUAAAAAUCUAGGUUAUAAGUUUCCAUUGUUAAAAUUCUUUCCAAAAUUUGUUCUUUCUAAAAUAAUAAUCAUUCUAUAUUUAAAAUAG